UUGAUUUUAGACUUCCUUGUGUAUGGUUGCUGCCGUUGUUGCUACGUUUGCGGUUCGGAUAUAAUUUUUUGUUAAAUUCCGAUUCUUGUGCGUGGGAUACGCGUGAGUUAAUUCACAGUUAAAAUAGAAAAGAAUCACCCAGCAGCAGCCAGAGAAAUGUACUUAAGUUAAAUUAAUGCGAAUAGUUUUCUAAAUUAUUUAAACGCGCGACGAUCAGUGUGAUAUAGUAUAUGUGUGUGAAUGUCAGCGUGUGUGUAUGUGUGUGUGAUUGAAAUUCUAAAAAUUUAAGCAAAAUUCCAACGGUGCACGUUCGCUGAGUUCGCCGGCCUGAAAUCAUUGGCGCUCGCGGCAUCUAUAACACCUGCAAUAACAGCUACAACAUGGACGUACUCAUGCAUGAUGUGUUGCACUGGUAUAGAGACUUGAUGGACAACAAAAGCGAUCCGCGCGUCAAAAAUUUCUUUAUGCUCUCCUCGCCUCUGCCCACGCUGUUUCUGUGCCUCUUCUAUGCAUAUUUCAGUAAAUCCCUGGGGCCGCGGCUAAUGGCGAAUCGUAAGCCGAUGGAUCUGCGCAAGGUGCUCGUCUACUACAAUGCGGUGCAGACCAUCUUCAGUGCGUGGAUAUUUUACGAGUACUUAAUGAGCGGCUGGUGGGGCCACUAUAGCUUAAAAUGCCAGCCCGUCGACUACAGCAACAGUCCCAUGGCCAUGCGGAUGGUCAAUAUCUGCUGGUGGUAUUACAUAUCAAAGUUCACAGAAUUCUUUGACACGCUCUUCUUUAUACUCCGCAAGAAGAAUGAGCACGUAUCAACGCUGCAUGUCAUACAUCACGGCUGCAUGCCGUUCUCGGUGUGGAUGGGCCUUAAGUUUGCACCGGGUGGUCACAGUACUUUCUUUGCCCUGCUCAACUCGUUUGUACAUAUUGUUAUGUAUUUCUAUUAUAUGAUUGCUGCCAUGGGUCCAAAGUAUCAGAAGUUUAUCUGGUGGAAGAAAUACCUAACCACCUUCCAAAUGGUGCAAUUUGUGGCCAUAUUUACGCAUCAGUUCCAGCUUUUGUUCCGCGACUGUGAUUAUCCCAAGGGCUUCAUGGUCUGGAUUGGAUUGCACGGCGUGAUGUUCCUAUUCCUAUUCUCUGAUUUCUACAAGGCUAAAUAUCUGAAUGCAAAGCGUCGCCGCCGCGAGGCAGUCGAAGUCAAUGGCCAUGCCAAUGGCGUCUACACGAAUGGCAAAGUCAAGCAUUUAGGCAACGGAGAUGCCCUGCUCCCUGCCAAUGGCACCAACAAGGGUGCCUGUAUGCCCGUUUUGGACGAUGAAUAUGUGAAUAGCAACGGGCUUGCGAAUGGCUUUAAGGAUGGUUACUUCAAGGAGGGCGUACUCUCAACCAACGAUGCCAUCUUGAAUCCGGACAGCAGUAGCUCUAGUCUGCACCAGCGCAAAGUCAAAUAACUACUACUAAGAUCUACUACGAUGAUAUUCAUAAUAUUAAUUUUAAGUGUUUAGCGUGUAACCGAACCAGAUCCGAUCGCGAAACGAGCAGAUCGUAACAGGCUAAGGGCAGUAUAGAAAUGCAUCCAUGCAAUUAUGACCAUUGGCGACAAAAGAAAAGAAACAAAAAAUUAAUAAAACAUUAUCUGAUUUUAAUAAUUUAUAAUAUAAAUAUAUAUUUAUGUAAAGGCAAGCCAGAUGUUAGUGUUUAAUGAGAAGUCACAUAUAUUAUUAUAUAUUCAUAUAUACUAAAUAUGCAUAUAUACAUAUAUAAGUAGGCAGACCAAGAACCAGAACCAGGGAACCUCCACUCCCUCCACCAACAAGACCAUCAGCACCCACUGUAGCCGAAGCCGUCAAGUAGAUUAAGAAUAUGUAAACUGCUUAAGUAACUAAAUAACAACUAAAACAACAUCAACUGUUUAAUAUCAAACAUAUUACUCCCACAUAUUAUAUGUAUAUGAACACGCCCCUACAUAAAUGGACACAUAUUUUUUGUAAAAAUAUUUUUGUAAACUCAACUUGUAACUCCAAAUUUGUGACGUAUGUUAAAUUGUCAACAUAUAUCAUUUCUAUACGAUAGGGCAUUCACCACCCACUCACAACCAUAUAUAUAUAUAUAAUUAAUUACACACACAUACACACUCAUAUAUACAUAUGUA